AUGUGUGACCUGCCAAGGCAAUGUUCCAUGAAGUCGAAGCACAGACAGUUGACGCUGUGUGAAAGCGAGUUUGAUGGUUACCAUGUGAAGGUUGCAAUCGAGGCUUUUCAGGAUCCCAAAGAGGACUGUGACACGAGCCCGUCUAAGCCAUCGAACAACUCCGGGUCAACGCCCGAGAACGCAGCAGCCGGAUCGUCAUUGUCGCUGAACUCCGUGGUCAACGUGACUGUUUACUGCUACAACGGCGCCCCCUUGUAUCUCCGCGAAGGGGAAUAUGUGGACGUCAUCUUUCCCGUCAAAAUUGACUUCGAUAAUGAAAUUCCAGUCUGUACUUCGAUGAAGCAAGAUGAGAAUGGUUGGGAUUGGACGACAGAGGGAUGCAAGGCUGUAUAUUCGAACUAUACCCACGUGACCUGUAGAUGUGACCAUCUGUCUACUAUUGCACUUCAACGCGGUCCAAAGAGCUUCAAGGUGGAUGGAAUCAACGCCGUCAUUCUCUUAAUUCUUGAGAAGACCUUGGGGUUUAUCUCGGUCAUCGGUGUCCUGGUCAUGCUCGUCGUCUUUGUCACUCUUGGUGUGAAAGGGUCUCAACUAACCAAGAUUCAGUUGAACAUCGCCGUAAGCUCCCUUGCAGGAAAUGCCACCUUUCUGUUUGGAAUGAAGGCUACAGGCAACCUGCUCGUUUGCGCGAUCAUCGCCGCUGGUUUACAGUACCUCUACACGGUCUACGCCCUGUGGUUGGUGGUCCAGACCGCAGUCCUACUCAAUACGUGUUACCUACAUGGUAAGCCUCGAGAGUCGAACCUCGGCCCGCUCAAAGUCCCGGAGAAGAGCAUCACUGAACCUAUCCGACUGACUAGGGUUUUUCUCCUGGUGUGGGCUGGACCAUUGCUAUUGAUUGGCCUCCUGUACAAGGAAAUUCCGUAUGGAUUCGGUACCCCGGACAGUUGCUGGCUGGUCGAGACUGAGAACGUGUACAUUAUCUUCAUUUCACUCAUCACACUGGCACUCGUGAUCAACUUCGGCCUCGCCAUCUGCACCGUGGUAUAUCUCAUCAAGAUGGAUGAUCAUUAUACAGAGGACAUCGACGGAUACGUUGAGUGGGCCAAGAAACUACGAAAGCGAAUCAGUCUGUGCCUCUCAUCGUCACUCAUCCUCUCUUUCGUUCUCGUGAUGGCCUGGUUUUGGCAUGCCCUGCUCGUCUUCAGAUCCAUCAUCGCCUUCGAUUACCUCUUCAUCAUUUUCAACAUGAUCCAAGGUAUUCUGGUGUUCAUCUUCUACUGUCCAAUGAAUCCAGAGGUUCAUGCUGCUAUCUCUCGAACCAGAAACCCGGAUGAAGACGAAAAGAAGAACGAAGAGGAUGAUCAAAAGAACUAACGACAAUUUAAGAUUAGCAGUCCUGUUGAGAGCGAUAUGGUUAUAAUAAUUCCCUUCAAGCAGUGGCAUAGACAAAAUUAGGAACGUUGGUCACGUGCCUCGCUUAAUCAAAGGGUAUUAAAUUAGGUAAAAGUUAUGGAUUAAUGGAAAAUGGAAAAGGGAAGAGGUAGAAAGGGGACGUCAGACGACGAUACGACCCCUUCCCAAAUCCCCCCUCUCCCGAUGCCCCCAAUGAUGCCGGUACCCCCUCGUUAUAUAAACUCGAGCUACCAUAUACUGCUCUUCGCUUAUCAAAAUUAUAGGCACUAUGACGGAUUUUUUUUUCAAAAUGUGAGCACGAAGCUUAGCUAUCGUCGAUGUUUUUUUACAUAAAUUUAAUUGUUCAGCCACUCAGUAACUAACUGGCUGGUGAUGCAGCUUUUUCCUCUGCUGCUUGUACACUCUGGAACCGGUUCUCUCCUUAAUGUAGUCGAACCUGGUUAUAAAGACCGCUCAAGGCAAACGCAAAAAGCGAUCUUUGUAGACAAGUUGUUUCAAACGGUAAUCUUAAAAACUCAUCAGUUGUGACUUAAUACAUUUACAUGUACAUAUUAAUGCAGCAAUAAAAAAUAAAUGCUUCUUUAUACAUUUUCAAAGAAAAGACUAAUAAUGAAUAAUCUUUGAAUCAUUUUGUAAUGUAUAUUUUCUUGGUUGGUCAAAUUCUAAGUAUGAACCUUAAAGGUGAUGAAGAUAAUGUUUGUGUGAUUUUUAUUUCUUUCCCACUUUUUUUUAUUCAUUCUUUUCUCUUUAUUUACUUCAGACAAAAAAGCAUGUGAAUUAACUGGUUGCUAAAAAUGCGAUUGUGAUUGUGUUUUUUGUUUGUGGCGUGUAUUUUGGAGUUCAUAAUGUGAGAAUUAGCUACUAUGGAUCAAAUCAUUACCGACACUACGCCGGGACGAUUCUAAACACAGUGCAGUGUCAUGGUUUAAAUUGACCCUGAAAAAGUGCUCGAGCAUGAAGGGUCCGACAGCUCCGAAAGUCGAUUGAUAAUUCUCUAUGUUCGCUUCUCAUUAAUGAGAGUGAAACUUCGAUUUUUUUUUUGGUAAUUAUCAUUUAAAAUGAAGGAUAAAAUUAUACUAUUGUAAAAAAAUUUGUAUUGGAUAUUUUUUUCCCGAUAUAUUUAUUUUUAAAAUAAUAGUGUAUCUGAAACAAAAAUUCCCAUCAAUAAAAUGAUUCAAACAGAGUGUGAAGACAUAUCUUUUCUGAAAUAUUAUGCAAUCAUUGAACGAACAUUUAUCGGUAAAGUGUAAUAUUUCGAUUCCAAUGCUGCUCUAUUAUAUUAAAAUGGAAAAUGCACUCAUAGUAUUGCAACUUUUAGAGUUUAAAAAUAUACAAGAAAAAAAUGAAUAAAUCGUGAAAUGAUUUUGAUAGGUAAUGUAUUCUCUCGAAGCUGUGUAUACUUAUUAUUGAAGAUCAAUUUCUCUCGAAGCUGUGUAUACUUAUUAUUGAAGAUCAAUUUAGCUAAACACAAGAGAAAAGGAAAAGGGGUAGAAAGGGUUUGUAAAUAUUCAAGUGGCUUUAUUAAACUAUUCAUACAUUUUUACAUAUAUUAUAUCAUGUUAAUGUGAUUUUGCAAUUGUAUGCAAGGUAAAUAUAAAUUGAUUGCAUGUUGACUGUUACAUUAAAUGUUUUUAAACUAGGUUGCAUCAAUAUUUCAUUGUAAAAUCUCAAUCUAAACAGUAACAUUAACAAGUAACAUACUACUGGCAUGCUACUGGCAUAUGACUUUCAUCUGACAUAUCUCACAGUCCUGUUUUUGUAAGAAUGAAACGUAAUUGUAUAUAUAUGUUUAUGUACGCUGUAAAGUGAUCGGUUUUAAGACAUAAGGAAUAUCAUAUGCCAUAUUUGAAAGAGGUUUAUCAUUGUAUCAACUAUUAACACCAUUAUCAUGUAUCCAUUCACUAUACAAUUAUACGGCUAUGAAAGAAUCUACUUUAUCUUUUCAUUGAAACUUUCAUGAAUUAAUUAAUUUUCCACGACUGCUUUUGAACCAAUUAGACAAAAUCGAGAGAAUUACUGCAUGGAAAUCAUACAUAAGAAUUCAAGAUGUAACAUAAUUGUGAAGAAUAUUUAUCCGUUCGAUUUUGUGUUAGUGCGUUAAUGAACAGUUAACAACUCAAUUAUUCAUAACCGUACCAAAUUUGUUAAUAUUUGAAGUAGGUGAACAUUUAAUUUGUCCCCAUUUAAUUUUAUUGAGAAUGUGAAAUGAUAAACAUACAUCUAAGAAUAUUCACUAAAGGCCCUAAUUCAACCAAUACAAGUACAAUAUACAAGGCUUAUGAAUAAUUUAGUUGUUAAGGCUAGGUCUUUUUUUUGCAAAUAAUUAGUGAAAGUACCUAAUGGACUAUUAAGACAGAAUUACUGUAUUCAUUCGUGAUUCAUUUAUCGUAGUGUGAUUGUUGAUUUACUUUUAUGCUCGUAAGUAUUCAUUAUCUGAGUUCAUUACUGAUAUAAUAAAUUACAAUCUUAUUUAAUUGAAA